UCCAGUUUCCUCCACAAACACACGCUCUCUCUCUCUCUCUCUAUUCCUGCCUUCUUCCUUAUUCGCCCCGAAGAAGAGAAAGCAACAGAGAAAGAAGACAAGAGGUCGAAAAUGGCCGUGGCAAUGCCCACUCUCUCUCUCCUCCUCCUCGUCUUCUUCCUCGCUGCGUGGCCCAUCUUCUCCUCCCCUGUCCAGGACCCGGAGGGGGUAGUACAUGAAGUACACCAGAGCAUCGCCAAUGCCACCCGGAACCGGAGGGGCCUCGGCUACCUCUCCUGCGGGACCGGGAACCCGAUCGACGACUGCUGGCGGUGCGACCCCAACUGGGAGAAGAACCGCCAGCGCCUCGCCGACUGCGCCAUCGGGUUCGGCAAGAACGCCGUCGGGGGCCGCGACGGCAGGAUCUACGUGGUCACCGACUCCGGCGACGACGACCCCGUCAACCCUAAGCCCGGGACCAUCCGCCACGCCGUCAUCCAGGACGAGCCGCUCUGGAUCAUCUUCCAGCGCGACAUGUCGAUCCAGCUCAAGGAGGAGCUGAUCAUGAACUCCUUCAAGACCCUCGACGGCCGCGGGGCCAGCGUCCACAUCGCCGGCGGGCCCUGCAUCACCGUCCAGUUCGUCACCAACAUCAUCAUUCAUGGCCUCCACAUCCACGACUGCAAGCAGGGAGGGAAUGCCAAUGUGCGGUCCUCGCCCCGGCACUACGGGUGGCGGACGAUAUCGGACGGCGACGGAGUGUCGAUCUUCGGCGGGAGCCACAUCUGGGUCGACCACUGCUCACUGUCCAACUGCAAGGACGGGCUCAUCGACGCCAUCGAGGGCUCCACCGCCAUCACCAUCUCCAACAAUUAUAUGACUCACCACGACAAGGUUAUGCUGCUCGGCCACAGCGAUUCCUACACACGGGACAAGAACAUGCAGGUCACCAUUGCCUUCAACCACUUCGGCGAAGGCCUCGUCCAGAGAAUGCCGAGAUGCAGGCAUGGCUAUUUCCAUGUGGUCAACAAUGACUACACCCAUUGGGAGAUGUACGCCAUCGGGGGGAGUGCAGAUCCUACCAUCAAUAGCCAAGGCAACAGAUUUGCUGCUCCAGACAACAGAUUUAGCAAAGAGGUAACCAAGCACGAGGUUGCACCACAGAGCGAGUGGAGGAACUGGAACUGGAGGUCUGAGGGAGACCUCUUAUUGAACGGAGCCUUCUUCACUCCAUCUGGCGCCGGAGCUUCUUCGAGCUACGCCAAAGCAUCGAGCUUGGGCGCGAGGCCAUCCUCCUUGGUGGGCACCAUCACCGGCAAUGCCGGUACUCUCGGUUGCAAGAAAGGCUCCCGCUGCUGAUAGAGACCCAUCAUCAUGAUCAUCUACAGCCAUCAUUAUUUGCUACCACAAGAGAAAAUUUGAAAUGGGAAUUGCCUCGAGGUUUUAUCUUUUUAAGAAAGGGGCAACUUCAGCUAGAUUUAACUUUUACCCAUUUCUUCUUUCUCUCUUUCUUUUUAGAAUUUUUUUCUUCUCUUUUGUUUGUAACCCAGGCGGUCGGGCCUGAUGAUUACAACCUCGGCAUGUUACUCCCGGACUCCUUUAUGAUUCUUUCGCGAGAAUCGUCGUAAGUGCGUGGAGAAAAACAGGCGCAGAAGCGUUGUUUAUACUAAAACUAUAUGUUGGGUUAAUAUAAUGCUAAAGCUUUCUUUCUUUUA